AUUAACCUUUGACAUAAAAACAAUCGUCAAAGGGUUUGCCCAUACGCGAAGAAAAAAGGUACCUCUAGAAUAUGGCUGAUAGAAAACAUAAGCCUAGUGCCGUUGAGCGACCUUUAAGUAAGGGAAAGGCAGAGAUCAACAUAAAUUCAUUUGCUCUGCUAUUCUCCGAGAUGAUCCAGUACUGUCAAAAUCGUGUAGGAUCUGUCCCUGAAUUACAAAACAAGCUCUCAGAACUUGGACAGCAUGUUGGUGUUCGUAUUUUAGAAUUGUUGUUUAUUAGGGAAAGAAACUUGAAAAGAGAGAUCAAGCUUUUGAAUAUUCUCUUAUUUAUUAAAUCUAAUGUUUUAUUUUUAUCAUUUCAGACACUAUUUGGCAAAGAAGCAGAUAAAUUAGAGCAUGCAAAUGAUGAUGAAAGAACUUAUUACAUAAUUGAGAAAGAAUCACUUGUAAAUAAAUUCAUAUCUGUUCCAAAAGAUAAAGGCAGUCUGAAUUGUGCAUCAUUUACAGCAGGAAUAGUUGAAGCUAUUUUAUCUGGAUCCAAUUUUCCCUGCAAAGUAACAGCACACUGGCAUAAAGGAACAACAUUUAUGAUCAAGUUUGACGAUUCAGUUAUUGCAAGAGACAAGAUUCUAGAGCAGCGAUAGUAGGACUGUUUUCAUGAAAGAAGUUUAAUUUCACAAUUAGAUUGUAUUUUAUCAAUUGUAAGUUGCGUCUUGUACACCAUUUUUUGCUAAAUUUGACUGGCAACUGCCGCUGGGGGACUUCCGGAGGAUUAGGUAUUUUGCGCAACGUAGUUACCGUGUGUGCGCAGCAUGCUCCAUUUGUUACUAGCUACUGUAGCUGCUCAAUCUAGACUAGGCUGCUGGAAGUCUCCCACUGAGUUGGGAUACGUUGGCGGCACUGUUUCAAGACGGGAUAAAAUGAUGUAUACUAAUCAAGAAUUUUGAAGUAUAAUUUUAUGUUGAUGAGUAUAACUGAUACACAGAUGUUAACACAUUGGCUGCCAUAUGAUUGGAUGACAAAGUGUUUAUGGGCACCAACAAGUGUUCUUCCAUUGGAAGUAAAGACAACAAGCAUCUCAACAUAUUUUUGAGAAUUUUACAUACCUUUCUCAAGUCUGGUUUCCAUAAAUAUCGCUACACGCUAUCGCCACCUCUUUUGGCGACGCUGAUUGGUCAGGGAACGUUCCUAAUUGAUUCAGGCACAGCUACGCAGUGCAAGGAUUGCAGUGGAAAUGCUGUUGCGACUGUGUAGCGAUUUUAUGGAAACCAGGCAUAAGUUGUCACUAUAGUACUUUGUGUACAGUUGUGGCCUGCAAUUGCCGCUAAGUAUCAUAUAAAAUAUAAUAGAAUAGCAUAUAACCAGUGGCAUAACAGCUAUGAAUGAGCUUUACUGGCUAAAGCCAAGGGCCCUAUGAAGUUAUUAAUAUACUAUUACUGUACUACAUAAUUAAUAUAAAUUAUAUUAUAUAUAUCAGGACCCAAAGCUGCUUUCGUUAUGCCACUGCAUUCAGUAGUACAAGUAUAUUCAUCCUCAGCCCAUCUUUAACACUCGGUUAGGACGAGUAUUUUCGUCCAUGGCAGCGAAAAUAUGUCCUGUGAGGAUCAAGGAACAUUUUAUAUCACUUUUGAUUAUGUAAAAAUGGGAGGGGCAAGUUUAUGUUUUCUCAUUACACAUUGUAUAGUAUUGUAGCAAAUUUUGAAGUCCAAGUGCGAGCUAUUUUGGAGUGUAUCACCAUGCUGUGUGGAGUGCUCAUGCACAAAAUGUUACAUUGUACUUGUCAGUAUAUUGUCAGUACUUUUUUUAAACCUGGGCUCCUACUGCGUCGUGCGACCGUUGACUCCAGCUCCCUGCAAGCGCAUGACGAUGCCACGCCAUCUGCUCGUUGUUGGAAGUCUUAAACGAAUUGUCAAAAAGUUGGAUAUGAUGCGCACAUGUCAUGGCAUUGUUCUUAGAAUCACUGCGCAGUGACACUAUCUUGUUGCCACUGUUGUGUAUAAUCAUGAAGGUACAAAAUAUUUUUAAUUUUUUAUACCCACAUGGUAAAACAUAAUAUGCGCUUUAAGUAUCUGCUGGUGAUCCCUUAAUCAUAAAGAUUGUAUUAUUACAUUUUGGAUAAAUAGUACGUAAUAAAUGAAGAAAAAAAAACA